CUUCUGAUCCCGCUUCAGAGUCUGUGUCGGUUGAUGCGCCUGCUAAGAAAACGGAUUCCUAUUAUUAUGGAAUCACUUUUUAUUUAUAUCCUGGAUUUGGAAGGAAAGAGAAACUAUUCAGCGCCCCUUUUUAUUUAUUCUGGUAUGGUAUCUCCUCCGAUUCAGGUUUUAGACCCUACCCUUUUCCUGUGCUUUUUCAACCUCGGUUAAUGUAGUAGUGUUGCACUCCUCUCCUCUCCCAUGAAAAUAGUAAGGAUUAUCCGGCCACUCCCCGUGUUCUUUCAAUGCUUUGCUUUGGGCACCGGGCACGGCGAGAGGAGGCUGCUCAACUAGCCCCCUGGUGUACGAAAGCAGCGAAGGAAGAAAAGAAUGGCGUAACUCUACCAAGACGGAUGUGGCACAGCGCGGCACGCACAAAGACAAGGCUCGCGCGACAGGGUGCUAUCGAAACCACUCUACGGAACCCCUUUGGACGACAGCUCUGUGCUUGCCGGUAUCUUUCGUUCUUCCGGCCAGGCCCUUACUAUAAACCAACCUCCUCACAGAUCCCACUCAAUCUUUUACACCGAUGUAUCGUACUCUCUCGACCAGGUCAUCAUAAGAAAAGACUGCUAAAUCUUUCCAAAGUGAGAGAAGGAGGGAAGGCGCGCUACAACUAACAUAACAGCCAGCUGAAAAACGCUAGCUAGCUAGGCUAGCGCGCAAAGGCUUUCUCUGAUAGGGGCUCGCUUCUUCAAGCUCCGCCCAACCUAUACAAGGUGCUGCUCGCAUUCUCUCAGCCACUAGUGGCUUAUGUAGUGGUCGGCAUUCCUACGUGCUCCUCCUUUUGCCCCUACUUAAGAAUCCAAAGGUCACCUUUGGAUGUUGUCGUGACGCUUUGGUUACGAAGGUUACCGGGGUCUAGGUUUAUGGAUGGAUUCAGUCAGCGAAAGUCCCUCAAAAAAAAGCAAUAUCAACAACAUGUCGUGACCGGUUAGGCUUGGUUGAUUUUGUCAGAAAAGAAAGUAGGUUUCGGGGGUUCAUUGAUUAGUACACCUCCGGUGCUGGUAAGGUCGGGACCGUGGUCGUCCGUCUCCGGUUUGCCGGCCGAUAAGAUCUCUGGGAUUGACCAGCCAGCUGGGUUGGUUUGGCUAUUUCUUUCUAUUGAAAAGGAGUCAGCUGUCUGCGCGAGUCACCUUCUUCUAGGCUCCGCUGGACGGCAUUCUCGUUCAAAUAUAGGCCGGCCGUACUUGUGAUGGUUCCCAAGGAUCCAAUAUGACUACUUAGGUCUACGUUGCCGCGAUAUUGUUCUAUGGAAGCGGGCGGGCUGUUAGAAGUUCGGCCCGGUUUUUUUUGGUGUCGUAGGGGAGGGAUUGACCUUUCUAACGCAUAUUCAGUCGUACCGGCAUGGCCCCACUGAUUUGUUUUCGAUCGGAGCAUCAAGCAGCGCAACCCGGUUCUACUUGACUAAGCCCCGUGCUCGUCCAAGGAGGGAGUUUUCUUUACCCAACUCUCUUUUUGAUAACAAGGCAGAACCCGACAUUCAUUAGUUUCGAAUGAAGAAUGAAGAGUGCCCUGCCCCAGCAAGCACCUACUC